UUUAGUGCUUCUCUGCCCUUUGCCCGGUCUCCUUCGGCUGGCUUCCACCAGAAUUUGCCAGGGGUUCGGCAUAAAUGGCGCUGGCUCAGACUCUACAGUAUGCAUUUUACCUGCGAACAUAAUUCGUUUCGCACUACUGAACAUCUGACUUGCCCUGAUUCUUCACCAGGGACUCCUCAGUCUGGUUUCGCUCCAUCUCCUUCCCAGAUGCUCUGGGCCCUAGCCCUUGGCCCAGCUAUGGCUUCCGGGGCUCCUUCGUCCAGCCCCAGUCCUAUCCUGGCUGCACUGCUCUUCUCCUCUUUGGUGCUCCCGCCAGCCCAGGCCAUUGUGGUUUACACGGACAGGGAGGUCCACGGUGCUGUGGGCUCCCGGGUGACCCUGCACUGCUCCUUCUGGUCCAGCGAGUGGGUCUCAGAUGACAUCUCCUUUACCUGGCGCUACCAGCCCGAAGGGGGCCGAGACGCCAUCUCGAUCUUCCACUAUGCAAAGGGACAACCCUACAUUGAUGAGGUGGGGACCUUCAAAGAGCGCAUCCAGUGGGUAGGGGACCCUCGCUGGAAGGAUGGCUCUAUUGUCAUACACAACCUGGACUACAGUGACAAUGGCACCUUCACCUGUGACGUCAAAAACCCACCAGACAUAGUGGGCAAGACUUCUCAGGUCACACUCUAUGUCUUUGAAAAAGUGCCAACCAGGUACGGGGUAGUCCUGGGAGCCGUGAUCGGGGGAGUCAUUGGGGUCGUGCUGUUGCUACUCCUGCUUUUCUAUCUGAUUCGGUACGGCUGGCUACGCAGACAGGCGGCCAUGCAGAGGAGGCUCAGUGCCAUGGAGAAGGGGAAGUUGCACAAGGCCGCGAAGGACUCCACCAAGCGUGGCCGGCAGACGCCAGUGCUGUAUGCCAUGCUGGAUCACAGCAGAAGCACCAAGGCGGCCAGUGAAAAGAAGUCCAAGGGGCUGGGGGAGUCUCGCAAGGAUAAGAAAUAGCGGUUAGCGGGCCGGGCGGGGGGUCGGGGGGCAGGGCCGGAGUCCACCAAAGGUUCUCAGGUGGUGGUCAUUGAGAUGGAGCUACGGAAGGAUGAGCAGAGCUCGGAACUCCGGCCUGCGGUCAAGUCCCCCAGCAGAACCAGCCUCAAGAACGCCCUCAAGAACAUGAUGGGCCUGGACUCAGACAAGUGACCAUCCCCCGGGCCCUGCCAGAGCAGGGGGACCUGGGCUCCUCUUAGCCCCCGUCUAGGUGCUUUCCUCCUUAGCUCCCCAGCCCCCGCCCUGCCCUCAGCAGCCUUUGAGAUGUAAGUUUCAUUCCAAAGUUCCUCCCUGGCACUUCCUAUUUUCCCCCACCUUCCUUCCCCGGGCUUGCUGGGAGCCCAGGACCUGACCCUACCCUUCACCGGCCCCAAGGACUGUGUGUUUGGUGCCUGUCCCUCCGGCACCGAGAAGAAAGGGACCUUGAUACCCUGUGCCUCAACCCCAGGCCACCUGGCCUUUCCAUCCCUUGCACCACCCAGCGUGUCCCUCCGGCUUUCCUUUCUGACCCUCCCUCCCCUCCGUCAGGUGGCCCAGCUCCAUACUGUGUCCUCCCAGCUAGCUAACACCCAGAUCAUCCAGAUCAGACUCUCCUUCAGGGUUUAUUUAGGUUGUUAGUUAUUUUUUAUUUUUUAAUCCAUUCUUUUUUGUUUGUUUGCCCGUACCCUCCCCCCAUGACUGAGUACCAAUGACGUCAUGUGGUUUUUGCAAUUCCCACUCCCUCAUUGUAUCCUUAAUGGAGAGCCAGCCCAAGCAGAGGGGCCCCUGAUGCUCAGUCCUCAACUACAGGAUUGGUGCCCCUGACCACUUUGGAGCACUGUUCUGGGACUCAAGGUCAUGGGGAAGGAGAGACAGAGAGAGGCAAGGAAUCCUCACAGGUCAGGGGAUUAAGGAGGGGCCAAAUAACCCUUAAGAAAUGGCUUUUAAACAACCAAAGAGAGAGGAGAAACAAAUGGGAAAUGGGGGGGAGGGGAGAGGCUGCACUCCCAGCCAAAGCGGAUUGUUAGGAUUUUUCUACAUUCUGUAUAUUUCUUCACAAACCCCCAGUGUCCUUAAAUGUUUAAUAAACACUGACAUUU